AUAGCUCUUCACAAAAUUCAGCCCCUUCUAUCAUAAUCCCCAAAGCAAUAAUGAGCGGAUCGAUAGCUGCCGCUAACAACAGUUUGAGAAACGCGACAGCCAUUUUUGUUCUCUAUACAGACACAAAGUAUUUUAGAGUAUCAUUGACGGAUACUACGAGGACCAAAAGCCGCUUGAAUAGUCUUGUGAUUGCUGGGAGUGUUAAAGGAUUAACUGUGGCAAAUUUGAGAGUCCCGGGUUAUAUUGCCCUGCCAAUGAUUGAACCAGGGGACACAAAAAGCACUUUGUGCUCUUACUGGGAAUUCAGCAUAGGAGAUUGGUCACAAGACGGUUGCAAGUUUGAACGCGUUCUUGAGGAUGGAAGAGUGCUUUGUAGUUGCAAUCACUUUACUAACUUUGCAAUGUUGAUGGAUAUCAAUCCAGGGAAGAUCACUGCACAUUAUAAAAUACUUGGUGUAGUAAGUUACGUUGGAUGUGCACUAUCAUUAAUUGGACUUGCUUUGACAAUAAUCGUGAUACUAAUAUUAAGGGAUCUCCGAACCAAAGCUCCAAGCCAGAUCUUGCUAAACUUCUGUGUUGCUUUAUCGUUAACGAUUAUCGUAUUCUUGGCCGCUGCGGAGAGAUCAAACACGUCCACAUUGGCCGGAUGUCGGGCAGCGGCAAUUGCCCUUCAUUACUUCCUGUUAGCAACAUUCUUUUGGAUGGCGGUAGAAGCGUAUAACAUGUAUCGGGGAUUUGUAAUUGUCUUCUCUGAUUCACAUCCACCCAAGUUUAUCACAAAGUGCUGUCUGUUUGCAUGGGGUACCCCUACAUUGAUCGUAGUAAUAACAAUGAUAGCUGCCAUUGAUAAAUAUGGAGACGAAACCUAUUGUCGAUUACAUGGCGUUGCUUUCAUUGUGGCGUUUUUGACUCCAACUAUUCUUAUCCUCGUUGGCAAUAUCGUGGUUUAUUGCUUCAUCAUUCGAUCAUUGCUUACUUCCGGUACCAAAGUCACCUCUGACCGCAAGAAAAAGGGUUUUCAGCAAGCUAAACAGGGAAUAGCGAUUGUGGUGCUGCUCGGGUUGACCUGGCUUUUCGGUAUUCUCGCGAUUGGUGAUGCAAAACCAGGGUUUCAAUAUUUGUUUUGCAUUUUCAACACGCUUCAAGGCCUGUUUGUCUUCCUCUUUUUUGUUGUUUUUUCGUCUGGGACAAGACGCCAACUGAAGAAACUCGUCAAAAGCAAAAUCGUAUCUGAAAGUCGUGAAGGCCAACCUAAAAAGAAGAAAUUCAGCUUUCAUUUCAUUUUCAACAAGGGAUAUAUUGAUAAUAAUACGGCUUCCACAGGCACGAGUGAAUCAAAAUCUUCUAACAAAAGCCUUGAUGUAUCAGUUAUUUCAACCUCUUCCAAGAAGACUAACGAAUCCGAUUCUGAACGCGCGAAAGAUCAUGUUGACACCAAACCAAAGAUUAGCUCGAAAAAGAAUAGAAAAAAAUGAGUCAUAUUUCAUCAUAAGAAUCGAACCCAAUACGUAAUCCAACACUUAAUGCUGGUUUAGAUGUGUAACCGCUGUUUAUGUAAACUUUCCAUUCAUACAGAAAUUGUCCCCGAGAGAUAUGUCAUCCCGGGGAGGGAGUAUUACCCAUCGAAUUCUCCAGACGGAAUUAUAAAUAUACAAACUUUCGAAACAACAUAUACGAUAUCGUAAUUUCAAGUUAGAUGUUUUAAUCCUAUAUUAAUUAAUUUCGAUUCUCUCCCACAACAUUGUAAUUGGGGUGAAGGGAGGGAAUAUAUUAAGUAGCACAAUGUAC